GUGGCGGCUGAUUUCUCCUCAGGGACGGGCGGCCGGGCCGGAAGUAGUGUCGGAGCGGCUGAGGAGGGCGACGGAGGCGGCGGCGGCACGGCUCCGCUCCGGCAGCAGGAUGUGGCGGGCCCCGGCGGCUGCGGCCUGCAUCAUCUGUCGAAACCUCACAAACGGGGCCCAUGGAGUGAGAGGGAAGUCGCUGCUGCAGAAACGGCACCUCGUGUCCCGAAGUAUCCAUCAUUCCCGCCAUCCCGUGUCCAGAUUUCAGAGGCCUCCAUUGCGGACCCCCACGCAGCCCUUCUCCUCCCUCAGCCGCCUCCCUUUGCGGGGCACCCGGCUCCUUGUGAAGUAUGGAUCCCAGCCCCACCGGACCUUCUGGCUGGGCAGAGUGGCUGCAAGGCUCCUGAAGCUGCGAUACAUCCUCCUCGGUUCCGCCGUGGGAGGGGGCUACACUGCCAAAAAGACAUAUGACCAGUGGAAGGACAUGCUGCCUGAUCUUGGCGAAUAUAAGUGGAUUGUGCCCGACUUUAUCUGGGAUCUCGAUGAAUAUGUAGACUUUGAAAAACUCAAGAACGCUCUCCCUGACUCUGAAGACCUGGCUAAGCUGAUGCCUGACUUUGACAAGAUCGGAGAGAGCAUCAGUUCGCUGACGGGGCUUUUCACACCAGGUUACAAUUUGGUUAGUGAAGUCAUAGGAGCUUCUGGUCUACUUCUCUUGUUGGGCUCUCCCGGGGACACGGCCUUCAGAGCCACAGACCAAGGGAGCGAUCGCGAGAAGCAGUUCAAGAAGGGCCUCCUGGGAGAACUCAUUUUCUUGCAGCAGCAAAUCCAGCAGCACGAAGAGGAGACUCGCAGAGACCACUUCGGCUCCUCCCAGCAGCAGCAGCAGAAGCGAAAGGCUUCCGACAAAGAGAAGGUCGACCAGCUGCAGGAGGAACUGCUGCGGACUCAGUUGAAAUACCAGCGGAUGCUGGAGCGUUUGGAGAAGGAGAACAAGGAGCUGCGGAAGAUCGUCUUGCAGCGGGACGACAAGGGCAUCCACCAGAGGAAGCUGAAGAAGUCCCUGAUUGACAUGUAUUCGGAAGUCCUGGACACUCUCUCGGAUUACGAUGCCAGCUACAACACCCACGAUCAUUUGCCCCGGGUGGUGGUGGUCGGGGACCAGAGUGCCGGGAAGACCAGCGUCCUGGAGAUGAUCGCCCAGGCACGGAUCUUCCCACGCGGCUCCGGAGAGAUGAUGACCCGCUCCCCUGUGAAGGUCACCCUGAGCGAAGGCCCCCACCACGUGGCCCUCUUCAAGGACAGCUCCCGGGAGUUUGACCUCACCAAGAAGGAGGACCUGGCAGCCCUGCGGAAUGAGAUUGAGAUCCGGAUGCGGAAGAGCGUGAGCGAAGGCUGCACCGUCAGCGCAGAGACCAUCUCCCUCAGCGUGAAGGGGCCGGGCCUCCAGAGGAUGGUGCUGGUGGACCUGCCGGGCGUCAUCAGCACGGUGACUUCGGGGAUGGCCCCCGACACGAAGGAGACCAUCUUCAGCAUCAGCAAGGCCUACAUGCAGAACCCCAACGCCAUCAUCCUCUGCAUCCAAGACGGAUCAGUGGACGCUGAGCGCAGCAUCGUCACAGACCUGGUCAGCCAGAUGGACCCUCAGGGCAAGAGGACCAUCUUCGUCUUGACCAAAGUGGACCUUGCGGAGAAGAACGUGGCCAGUCCCAGCAGGAUCCAGCAGAUAAUUGAAGGCAAGCUCUUCCCCAUGAAGGCUCUCGGCUAUUUUGCAGUCGUCACCGGAAAAGGAAAUACUUCUGAGAGUAUUGAAUCUAUUAAAGAGUACGAAGAGGAGUUUUUCCAGAACUCCAAACUACUAAAGAACUGCAUGCUGAAGGCCCACCAAGUGACCACCCGGAACCUGAGCCUGGCCGUCUCCGACUGCUUUUGGAAGAUGGUCCGGGAGUCUGUGGAGCAGCAGGCGGAUGCCUUCAAAGCAACUCGCUUUAACUUAGAGACUGAAUGGAAGAAUAACUAUCCCCGUUUGCGGGAACUGGACCGGAAUGAAUUGUUCGAAAAGGCCAAGAACGAGAUCCUUGACGAAGUCAUAAGCUUGAGCCAGGUGACGCCAAAGCACUGGGAGGACAUGCUGCAGCAGUCCCUGUGGGAGAGGGUCUCCACCCACGUGAUAGAAAACAUCUACCUUCCGGCCGCGCAGACCAUGAACUCGGGGACCUUCAACACCACCGUGGACAUCAAGCUCAAGCAGUGGACGGACAAGCAGCUGCCCAACAAAGCCGUGGAGGUGGCCUGGGGGACGCUGCAGGAGGAGUUUUCCCGCUUCAUGACGGAGGAGAAGAGCAAGGAGCACGACGACAUCUUCGACAAGCUCAAGCAGGCGGUCAAGGAGGAGAGCAUCAAGCGGCACAAGUGGAACGAGGGCGCAGAGGACAGCCUGAGGGUGAUCCAGCACAACGCCCUGGAGGACCGCUCCAUUUCGGACAAGCAGCAGUGGGACGCGGCCAUCCAGUUCAUGGAGGAGACGCUGCGGAGUCGCCUGAAGGACACGGAAUCCGUCAUUGAGGACAUGGUGGGCCCGGACUGGAAGAAGAGGUGGCUCUACUGGGUGGGGCGCUCCAAGGAGCAGAGCAUCCGCAAUGAGACGAAGAACGAGCUGGAGAAGAUGAUGAGGUGCAACGAUGAGCACCCGGCCUACCUGGCCAACGACGAGGUGACCACCGUCCGGAAGAACCUGGAGGCCCGAGGGGUUGCCGUUGACCCCUGCUUGAUUAAAGACACCUGGCACCAGGUGUACAGGCGGCACUUCCUGAAGAAGGCCUUGGGGCACUGCAAUCUCUGCCGGAGGGGCUUCUAUUACUACCAGCGGCACUUUGUGGACUCCGAGCUGGAGUGCAAUGAUGUGGUUCUCUUCUGGCGCAUCCAGCGCAUGCUGGCCAUCACCGCCAACACCUUGAGGCAACAGCUGACCAACACAGAAGUACGUCGCCUGGAGAAGAACGUGAAGGAAGUUCUGGAAGACUUUGCGGAGGAUUGUGAGAAGAAGAUGAAGCUGCUGACGGGGAAGAGGGUUCAGCUGGCCGAGGACCUGAAAAAAGUCCGGGAGAUCCAGGAGAAACUUGAAGCCUUCAUUGAAGCCCUCCAUCAAGAGGAGAAGUAGGCGGCGGGCGCAGUAGGACAUUUUCGGCGAGGACGCGGCCCCUGCCUGAGCAAGAGGAGCUCUCCUUCUGCCCCCCCUCCUCCCCCCACCCCCAUUUCUGUCCCCCUCCCACAAAUGUCACAACCGCAGUGUCCCACCUGCAAGAAAGGCCCUCCCCGGCCCCUUCCCCGGGAGGGAUGAGUGGCUGCCUUUCCAUUCCCGAGAGGACGGACGGGCGCUUUCCGCCAGCGAGGCCCAGGCUCCUCCUCAGGCGGUUUCGGCCCAACUUGGCUGGGCUCCGCUGUGUAAAAAGAAGGAAAAAAACACCGGGGGAGGGGGCAUGAAAUAAAAAAGAGUCUUUGUACAUAUAUGUUGGUGACGCCACCAAGUCAUCCUUGUUUGAGUGUGCAGAGCCGUGUGCUUGUGUGCUCCCAAGGGGCAAACAUGUGCUUUAAGUAUCUGUUGAGAAACAACGUCUUGGAGAAUCGUCGAUGGACCUGGUUGUCGCUGGAGAAAGAUUCCUGCUGGUUCCCGGCUUUGUGGCCGCUGUGCGCUGAAGGUGUGCCUGCAGUGUUUGUCUGGGGCUCCCGUCGAACGCAUUUCACUUUCCAUCCCUUGUGACGCCCGGGCUGAAGAAGCAGCGGCCUGGAGGGUCCCGAUCUGUGCUGGGACCUUCCCACAGCUGGGUUUCUUCUCCUCUUCUUCCUCCUCAGCAGAGCCUCACCUUUGCUAAACCCUGUCCAUGUUAUUUAGUGUCUGCUCCCCUGUUCCUCCCUUGAACCAGCCACGUCUUCACCCCUUUGGGUGUCAUGGAGGGGCGCCAUUGUGAGAGACCCCCACCCUGCUGGAAGCACUUCAGGCCCCCAAAACGCGGGUCAUUUGCCCAUAGUCUCUUCCUUGCCCCCGUGGCUUCCUCCCCUGGUCUUUGAGGCCAAGAGCUUGUCACGGGGAGCGUUGGCCCUCUCCCCUCCCCAAGUGCCCGUGAUGACCACCCCGGCCCUGGACCCCCGCCCUCUCCCACCCGUCUCUGCCCAAACCCCUCCUUCCCUGUUUCCUGGAUUAAGAUGCUUCACUUCUCCCUGCGUUGGCUCCCAAGUGUCCGGCAGAAGGCUUGAGCUCCUUGGUCUACGGUGGCCAUUGCUUUGGUGGGACAAGGUGGCUGCUGAUGGAGGAAGAGACGCAGGACGAGGCCACUUCUUCUUCCAGUUCCCGGCCAGAAAAGCAGACUGACCGACUGCCCCUCCACCCUUCAGUCAUCGGUGGGCAUGAUGUGGAAGGCGGCGCAAGUGGAGCCUCCCAAGGUGUGUUUGCAAGAAAGCAAAUAGCUUCUACCUCCUUGGCGUCUCCUGGACUGGAAUGAGCUGAAACGUGAUGGAAGGAGUCUUGCCCGCGAGCCCACGCUUGCCUGUGUGGCCGCUCUGCCCACACACUUCGUGCCCCGAGAGGAGGGGAGGCCUUCCGUGACUGCCACACGCCCGGCGCCUGGAGCACUUUGGGGCCGCCAGCCUCGGCCGCCGAUCUGAGAAUCCGCAUGAUGUAUCCUGUGGGAGUUUAUUAUUUAUUGAAUGCAGAUGUCAGUGGAGGAAACGUUCAAUAAAUAGGUUUUGAACA